UAUCCACGAAGAAGAAAACCGGAAGUGGAAUUGAUCCUCCUGAUCGCGAAAGCUAAAGCUACGUUGGUGUCAUCGUCUCAUAGGUUUUAGGCUUGACAACACAAACAACAUCCUUAUUUCGUGUUUUACCACGAACACAUAUUCUUACGGGGGUCUCUGAAGAGAUGAGCAAUACCGGGAAUAAGAGAGCUCCAACUACAGCCACUCAGCGACUUAAGCAGGAUUACCUCAGGAUAAAGAAAGACCCAGUGCCUUAUAUCUGUGCAGAACCUCUCCCCUCCAACAUCCUAGAAUGGCACUAUGUAGUCAGAGGUCCUGAGAAGACUCCAUAUGAAGGGGGAUAUUAUCACGGAAAACUCAUAUUUCCUCGAGAAUUUCCUUUUAAGCCACCAAGUAUUUAUAUGAUAACACCAAAUGGGAGAUUCAAGUGCAACACGAGGUUAUGUUUGUCCAUCACAGACUUCCAUCCGGACACGUGGAAUCCUGCUUGGUCAGUCUCAACGAUCCUCACGGGUCUGCUCAGCUUUAUGGUGGAGAAAGGACCAACACUUGGAAGCAUUGAGACAUCCGACUACACGAAAAGACAACUUUCAGCCCAAAGCCUGGCCUUUAACCUCAAAGACAAAGUGUUCUGUGAGCUCUUUCCUGAUGUUGUGGAAGAAAUCAGGCAGAAACAGAAGGCCCAAGAGGAGUUAAGUGUCCGCUCCCAGCCCCUUCCUUUACCCGACGUGGUACCUGAUGGAGACCCUCAACAUGCCCACUAUGGGCUCCAGGCACUCAACGGAGGGCCAGCACCCGUGGGGGGUGCUAACCCCGCCCCUGGCCUGCAGCAGGCCAAUCGAAACCACGGACUUUUAGGUGGAGCUUUAGCCAAUCUGUUUGUGAUCGUAGGCUUUGCAGCAUUUGCGUACACGGUCAAAUACGUUCUGAGGAGCAUAGCCCAGGAGUAAAAGGAGCAGUCCCCUUCUCCCUGGAGCAAGCCAGCUAAAUGACUCCAAACUAUACAAACACAUUAUGAGGAGGAGGAAUAUUCCCCCCCUGAGCUAACCCCCUCCACAACAGCGACUACCACCGUGGACUUUGGAAGACAGAAAUGAACCCUCUCUGGACGGUCUAAGGUUGGAUUGGAGUGGGAGGGUCAACGGGGGCUCGGAGGGGUUUAUUAAAACGGUUGUGAUCCACUUUGUGCUGCAGUGGUUUAUAUUAGUCCUGGGAACAAACUUGGCUCAUGGGUUGAGAUUUCUGCCUAAAUCCUUCAAAACAAUUCUCACCAUUUAGUAGCCGUCCUGAAAACGGAGGACGGAAUUUUUAACAGUCAAAGACGCGCCGCAUUUAUUAAAUCUGAUAACUAUUUGCCAAAGCAGACGAAAUCAUAAAUAUCACAGCUGUCAAGACUUCAUCCAUAUGUUUUUAUUUAGAAUUAUUGUAGGAUAAUAUAUAAAAAAUUAAUUCAUUAAAAGCUUUAUUUAGCUUGAAAUUUCAUGAAAAUUAUCAUCUGAGUCCCCUAGGUGUUGUCUGACUUCAGCGUUGGCUCUAAGCCUUUUCAGGAUAGUUUAGUUUUUUUAUUUUUAUAUGAAUCCGUUCACUUCAGCUUUUCUCGUGUUUGAGGCGAAGUCUAUUAAAGUAGUUUGAUCCUCAAAUGUGAGUAACUUCAUCAGGUUGUAAAGUCUUUCUCACGGUGUCAGACCAGUGUACUUUUAAACAAAGGCUCCUGACUGACGGAGUGAUUAAAGGAAGAAUCUUCAUAAAUAUACUUGUUUACAUACAGAUGAACAGCAUGAAUGCACAAAUGAGACAUGGAGGUCUUCCAACCCAUGAGCCAAGCAGGGUCUGCACACUGGGAACCAGAGACCUUUUUUAUUGGUUUAGCUGACCAGAAUAGCACCAGGUCCAAAAUAAGGACACACAAGAACCAUUUUUAUUCCUGUACAUUUUUAUUUUUAAAUAUAUAUUUUUUUCUUUUUUUGUUCUCUAUUUAUAGAAGCCUCCUGCUGGGUCUAGUGUGCUGAUUAGAGUAAAACAAAACUACGACCCUGACACUCAUAAUUUUCUUCUUGAUUUACUAUUGUGCUUUGCAUUUGGUAAAGAUGGUUCUACAGUGUAUCUAACCAGAUCUGAAAGGCACUCUGUUUCUCGUCUUUUUCUGGCACACGUCUUUAAAAAAAGGCAAACUGGAGAAAAGGGGAGUGCAUUUGUGUUGUGAUACAGCAAAUGCUCUAAUUACCCUGCUUCACCUAACCUUGUGUGACGUAUGUUUUCAUAGUCAAUGCAAAUAAAUACCCUGCUUUGCUAGGGCAUUUAAUAAAACUUUAUGAAGUUG